CUUUAUACAGCACAGUUGCCAUUUGGCAACAAUACAUUCCAUCCCCUCGUGUAUUGGGGGCUUGGGCGCUAAUGAAAUUUUAAAUAGUGUUACAUCAAGUACUGCAUAAAAGAAUUCAUGGAUAAACAUGGCGGCCAGAUGCUAGUCUUCUUUGGUGGGUUAAUUUCAAGCUAAAAAGGUACGUUUUUGAGUGCCAUUUGUGGUAUAAUUACUGAAUGUAUGUUUAUUAACAAAUACAUGAGCUACAGAAAUAGAAAUUGGGUAAAUUUACAUGUUAAAUGUUGACUUUCUAUUGCCUUAACAACGUCUUCCGUUCGACGAGGAGAAGUGUUAUUGUUGGACAUCUUUAUAUUUAGUUGCCAUAUGGCAACUAUGCCAAAUAAGGGUCAUAUUACCAAGUGGAACUUAUACAAAAUGAGGUUCUGUUUUGCUAUUUAGUUUUCCUAUAAGAGACUAAAUUGUUUAUUCCUACUGGUACUUUGCCAUUACCAGAACUAGUAAAUAGACACCAUCAUUUGUUUUAAUUUUCAGAAGUGUUUGUAUGGAAGCAACAGAACAGAUAAGAUAUGAUGCGCAUCAGGCUUUUCGGUUGUUCUUGGAGCCAGGGGGUUCUGAUUCUGAGAUGUCGGAAUUGGAAGAUGAGGAAGAUGGGGUAGAAGAUGAAGUUUUGCUGCAUUCCAAAGGGCAGAGUGUUUUAGAGUUAGAUAGGGAGGAAGAAGUAAAUGAUGAUGGCAGUCACAAUACACCUUUGGAUAAUGCAACCAUUAGGGACAAUGUCAUUUCUGAUUCUGACAACAGUGAUUUAGAGAGUGGUAAACCUGCUAGUGAUACAGCACCCAAGAAUAAAAAGCCACGCUACCGUUGGCGCAGUCGUGAUCCACCCGUAGUUGACUCUGUGUUCAAAGGCAACAAUUUCUCAUUACCUCCUGAUGAUGUGGAUGAAUGGACGCCACUGUCAUAUUUUAGCUGUUUCUGGACAGAUAGCAUGACAAAUCAACUGGUUGAACAAACAAACCUAUACAGUGUUCAGAAAGCUGGCUUGAGCAUACAGACAACCAAGGAAGAAAUUGAGCAGCUGAUUGGCAUUCAGAUGAGAAUGGGGAUAGUGACAAUGCCAAGAUACCAAAACUUUUGGGCUGCAGAGACGAGGUAUGAACCUGUUGCUAAUGUCAUGAGUUUGAAACGGUAUGAGAAGUUACGCCAAUAUUUACAUGCCAAUGAUAACUCUUUGAUCAACACUCCACAAAACAAAGGCAAUAGACUAUACAAGGCAGAACCAAUUCUUGUGGCUCUGAGGGAAAAUUGCAAAAAAAUUGAGCAGGAAGAAUACCAGUCAAUAGACGAACAAAUUGUGCCUGCGAAAACUAAAUACAGCGGUAUUAGGCAGUAUAACCCUAAAAAGCCACACAAAUGGGGAUUCAAAAACUUUGUAAGAGCAGGAAGAAGCGGACUUAUUUAUGACUUCUUCUUUUAUGUUGGGGCAAAAACCACUGGCGGAGACCAAUGUAGUGCCAAGAGUGUUGUGUUGAAGUUGUGUGAAGCAGUACCAAAGCAUUGUAAUUAUAAGGUAUAUUUUGACAAUUGGUUUGCCACACUUGAUUUACUUGCUGAACUAAAACAAAUUGGAAUUUUAACAACUGCAACCCUGCGAUCCAACCGGUUAGCAGGAUGUCCUUUGAAGACAGAGAAAGAACUCAAGAAAGCUGGCAGGGGUAGUUACUCAUACCGAACUGACCAAAAUACCGGCAUAGUCGUCCUCAGAUGGUUGGACAACAAGUGUGUGCAGCUUGCUUCCACAUAUUUAGAUUCAAGAAUUUCAGGAAAGCAAGUGAAGAGGUGGGACUCCACUACUAAAACCCACAAACAAGUCCCAUGUCCCAACAUUGUGGUUCAGUACAAUCAGUCCAUGGGGGGAGUGGAUCUUGUUGAUAUGCUGAUUGCCUUGUACCGAUGCAAAAUUAAGACAAAACGCUGGUAUUUGGUUCUGCUGUUCCAUGCGGUUGACAUUGCCAAGGUCAAUGCAUGGCUAUUAUAUAGAAGGCAUUGUGGCCAACUAAAGAUUGCAGCUAAAAAUCAAAUGACCUUGCUGACCUUUGUUAGCAAGAUUUCAGAUGCAUUGCUGAAGGCGGGGAAACCUGGCACCGCGGCAAAAAGAACUCCCGGAAGACCACCAAAACGUGCAUGUGACCAGAGAGAAGAAGUAACUCCGAAGAGAAGAAGAGCUCCUAAAACAGCAAUUCCAGAUAAUGACUCAAGAUAUGAUGGUUUAUGUCACUGGCCGGAAUAUCGAGAAAAUAAAAACAGAUGUUGCUUGUGUAAAACUGGCUUUAGCCGUGUAUACUGCCAAAAGUGUGGUCUAUGCUUAUCAUCCAACAAAAACUGUUUUACUCAGUUUCACACCAAAUAGACCAAAUAGCUUGGUCACAUGGUUUUAUGAACAUUUAAUGAACAUUUGAACUCAGUAUUUAAAAUGUUUUGUACUACUAGUUUCAACUAGCUUUUUCUACCCUUAUACCGCAUAGUUGCCAUAUGGCAACAAACUUAAAAUUGAAGCCAAAUAAACUUUUUAACUUUUUUAACUUAAAUGUGUGUUAUUUUGGUUAUUUUUAAUU